AUGAAGGAGGAGGGACAAUUGGAAAGCAAAGUCAAAGUAGCAGCGGAGGCAGCCAGGGCUAAGACCUUUUUUGACUUCUUGGGACAAAUAUUGUUUCGUUCCCAAUCAGUGAAAACACCAGCUCCCAAACGCAGUGGUCAGAUCCCGCCACCUCCUCGACCAUUGACUAAGCCAAAAUUAAUGGAGGAGCGCAAAUCUCGUCAACAAACCUCCCCAACGACAUCAUCUUUUGACAGUGCCACUGCGAUCAAUGCCCAGACCACAUCAUCAGCACCAACCUCAAAUUUGCGACAAGAUGUCUUUCGUGUCACACUUUAUGUCUUCCACUCCAGUCUUCUUCUCGUCUCUUAUCUGGCAUGGACCGCCUUCUUCAUCCUCCUCUUGCCUGCUUUCUGCAUCUCCUAUUGUAUUCGGCAAUUUGGCCUCCUUCUUGCCCAACAUAGACGGAGCAGUCUGGUGGAAACACUUUCUUCCCUCUCCCUUCAUUACCUCCACGGAGAAGAUGCGGGAAGGACUACCGUCGUAUUGAUCUAUCUUGGCAGUCCAGGAAUCAAAAUAGCAGCUCUAAAGCGCCUCCUUGUUCAACGUAUAUUCUCGACGACUCAAAAACGGACGUCAAAUGGAUCUCAGGGGAUGGAAAAGUGGUUUUCAGAGCGGUUGCAACAAACAAUUGUGCCCUUACCGACAGGCUAUGCAUGGCAAAGAUGUACUUCAAUCAACAUCGAUGAACACGUCAUGCCGGCAUAUUUGGUUGGACAGAAUCGACUUGGCUAUGGACGGCGUCUGUCACCGAAAAAAAAACCUCCUGAAGAGGAAGGGAUGGUGGAGGCGGAGAAGGAUCCUGUUGAAUUGCUAGUUGGACAGUUAGCUGCAGUAGGACUUCCCUUAAAUCGGCCACUUUGGCAGGUGCAUCUUGUAGAAGAUUACUACGAUACAGUGAGUUUUCCUUUUUAA